GUGAGUUUUGGUCUUGUAAAUAGAUUUGUGCAACAGAUUUAACGCGUCCGCGAGCGUCACGCUGCUUGUAAACCACGCGUUUGAUUUGUAUUUGCUUGAGGGAUAAAUCUGAUAAGGCAACAUGCAGCCUAUGGAUAUGUAUAUGGUUCCCAAUCAAGGAAUACCAGGCUUUCCACCGGGAUUAGAAUACCUGACACAGGUGGAUCAACUUCUUAUCAAACAGAAAGUUGAGCUUAUUGAAGCUUUGGCAGGCUUUGAGAGCAAUAAUAAGUAUGAGAUCCGUAACUCCAUGGGUCAGAACGUGUUUUACGCGGUGGAGGAGAACGACUGUCUCACCCGUCAGUGCUGCGGCCCGCUGCGAUCCUUCACCAUCCGCAUCCUCGAUAACUUCGGACAGGAGAUCAUCACAGUCAGCCGUCCUCUCAAAUGCAUGUCCUGCUUCUUCCCUUGUUGUCUGCAAGAGCUGGAGAUCCAGGCACCUCCAGGGAACACAGUGGGAUAUGUUCUUCAGCAGUGGCACCCUUUCCUCCCCAAGUUCACCAUAGAGAACGAGCGCCGGGAGCCGGUUCUCAAGCUCCAGGGGCCGUUCUGUGGCUGGAGCUGCCUGCCAGACGUGGACUUCGAGAUUCUGACCAUGGAUGAAGUCAGUAUUGGAAAGAUCAGCAAACAGUGGACCGGACUUCUCCGGGAGGCAUUCACAGAUUCAGACAACUUUGGGAUCCAGUUCCCCAUGGAUCUGGAUGUGAGAAUGAAGGCAGUGAUGAUCGGAGCCUGCUUUCUCAUUGACUUCAUGUUUUUUGAGACGAAUAACUAGUUGCUAUGCAGACGGUGUUUUAACGUGGGGCUUUCUGGAAACGGGUGAAAGAGAAUAUGUUUACCCUUGCACAUCAUACAUCUGUGAAAUCCAGUGGAAUGCAUGUGAAUAUGAAGCCAGCGGUGUAGAAGAACGGUGAUUUUAGAGACUGUGAACUAGCUUGAGGUGUGUGAUAUAGCUGGUUGUACCGUUUAAAGUGUAUUGUUUUAUUUUAAUUUUAACCUUUUUUUUCUCAUCUAUACAUAACAGAUUAACAUAUAUGGCAUUAAAAGGAAUAGCUCACCUCAAAAUAAUUAAAUAAAUAAAUCUGCCACUAUUUACUCCAA